CUUUGUCUUCUGGCUUUACCGGAGGCUUUUCAUGGAUAUGAGCAACUUGCUGGGUGAGGUGAAGCGACCUAAGGGUAUCAGGGUAUAGAUUUAGGUUUGAAAACGUCAGGUGACCAAACGUAUAGUAACGUGCACGACCAUAAGUUUAGACAGUAACAGCAGGGUUUUCACUGUCAACCAGCGAGGUGGCUGAUCAGAUACCAGGGCGGAAAGCGGUGGAAAGACCGUCUAGCCCACACCCACAAGAACCUAAUCAGCUGGAAACCAUGUCUGGAGAUUCUCAUAAGACUGUGAUCAAAGGCAAUACGUCCAAAUAUGUAAAGCUUAAUGUAGGUGGAUCGCUUCAUUAUACAACGAUAGGUACCUUAGUAAAGCAUGACACCAUGCUGCGAGCGAUGUUCAGCGGUCGAAUGGAGGUGCUCACGGACUCUGAAGGAUGGAUCUUAAUAGACCGCUGUGGAAAACACUUUGGAUCCAUCCUAAACUUCCUGAGAGAUGGCACUCUGCCAUUACCAGAGAAUCGACGGGAACUGCUCGAACUACAGCAGGAAGCCAAAUAUUAUCUUGUCCAGGACUUAUGUACUCUGAUUGAGUCGGCAUUAAAAGUUAGGGAAGAGCUGGAGCCAAUUUGUCAAGUUCCACUCAUUACAUCGUCACGUGAGGAACAGCAGCUUGUUGCAAGCACUUCCAAGCCUGUAGUGAAGUUAAUUUGUAACAGACAUAACAACAAAUACUCAUAUACAAGUAAUUCAGAUGACAAUUUACUGAAGAACAUAGAGCUUUUUGAUAAGCUGUCUCUUCGGUUCCAUGGUCGUGUGAUGUUUAUCAAGGAUGUCAUUGGCAGCAAUGAAAUUUGUUGUUGGUCUUUCUUUGGCCAUGGUGCUAAAAUUGCUGAAGUCUGCUGUACAUCCAUAGUUUAUGGCACAGAUAAGAAACACACAAAGGUUGAGUUUCCUGAGGCCAGAAUAUUUGAGGAGACAUUAAAUGUUCUGUUGUAUGAGCAUCGUGGUAAAGGUCCUGAUGCAGAACUGAUGCAAGCAACACGAGGUGCAAGAGAUGGUGCACAAGGAUAUAACAGCGACGAGGAUGUGGAAGAGAAACUGGAUAGGGCAAUGCGUCGAAAGUGACAUGUGAUAUUAGAUAUUUGAAACUGAGAAAUAGAGUGAAAUUAAAAAGACCCAUCCAUGCCACGGUAGUUUUGCUUUUGAAAGCUUCAAGCAAAUACCUUGGUGCAGACAUGAAAAAGGUUACUGCAAAUUUUAGUUGUGGCAGUAAGGAAAGCAUCAUACCAAUCAGCAGUAUGUUCAUUUUCAUGUCGAGAAGGGCUGCUGUUGGGAAAAAAAGUAGAUUUAGUGACAUUUUGUUGUUUAAGUAAUUCUUCUGAAGCAUCUCAAACCCUUUGUCACAAUUUGCAUGAGAAAGUCUCAGAAAAUGGGGGGAGGGGAAACAUGUUCAUGUACAUAACUGUACCAGUGUUAUGGGAGUUCAAGAGAAAGGUUGUCUUUUAAGGUACUUGUGUGCUUCACUGUUGAAGCUUUAUGGAAUUAUAUAAAAGAUUAAUAUCAGAUAUGAAGAAUAAUCAAAUGCUCAAACAAAUAAAACGCUAUAAUUCAGAA